AAACCUGUAUAUUAUUGGUCUGUGGUUUUGACUGACGCUUUCUGCCAUUUCGCUUUCAGUUUUUCUAAUUUUACCUACAAUUUGCAAAAAUUGAUUACUCUAAUUCUGUGCGGUUUAUACCUCCCAUACCUGUGAUUAUAUUUGUUUUUUAAUCAAAUGAUAAGGUCUACAUAUUCAAGAAAACAAUAAUAAUGUCGGUAGCUUUCGCACCUCGGGGCAACCGGCCUCCAUUAAGCCCAGCUCAAAUACAAAAGAUGUUGGAUGAGAAUGCUCAUUUGAUUCAAACAAUACAAGAAUACCAAGCUAAAGGCCAGCUGAUGGAGUGCCAUCAGUACCAACAAGUGCUUCAUAGGAAUUUAGUAUACCUGGCAUCAGUCGCGGACGCUAAUCAAAAUAUUCAGUUGUUACUUCCACCUCCACAUCAAUUGGCUGCAGGCAAUGUGCAACAAGGACCUUUGAACCCACCCAGUAGUGGAGCUGAAGGCCCAGGCUCCCCACAGCAACCAUACCGCCCACCCACAGGAGUGUCUUCUACUCCCACUAGGCCCACACAGUCAUACGGCCAAAGACCUUACCCACAAAAUCAAUAUCAAGGACAAUACCAAGGAGCACCUGGUGGUUAUCCUCCACAAAGUGGCUAUGGCCCUCCAGGGCAAGGCUAUGGACCCCAAAACCCCACACAACAACCACAAGGAUAUCCUCCUAACUCUACUUAUGGCCCUCCUAUCACUACAGCUCCUAGUAAUUACCCUCCAUCUACACAUCCAGGACCUGGAUACCCACCCUCUGCAAAUCAGCAGCCUUAUGCUCCACCACCUGGAAGCCCAGCCGCUGCAGGCUCUCCUUAUCCUGUUAGGGGCUCUAGUCAACCAGCUUAUACUGGAAAUUCAGGAUAUCCACCUCCACAGGCAGGCCCAAACUACCCCAAUGUAGGUGUUAGCUCCUACAACUCUACUACAUCUCAACCCCAACCUUAUCAGUCACAGCCAUUCCCUAACACCACACCUACAUCUGCAUACAGCUCCACACCAGUGUCUCAGCCAAACCGCUCCCCCCAACCUCCACCUAGCAGUUAUACAUCCCAAAUACCUACAAGUACAGGAUAUGGGUCUCCUUCAGCACAAUCUCCAACUUAUAAUUCUAGUUCUCAUGGGAACAAUGUUCCACCAUCCUCAGGAGCAUCUGGAGCUCCACCACAAAGUGCACCCCCGGGGCAGCAGUAUCCUCCUUCAGGUCAACCAUCUCCAUAUCCACCUGCAACACAACCUCCCUACUCCAAUCCCUCAUCCCAACCAGGAAGCCCUGCCCCUUCAGUGUCAACUGCACCUCCUCAGUCAUCUUACCCACAAAACCCACAGAGUUAUCCCCCUUCCGGAGGGGCAUAUCCCGCCCAUGCUUACCAACAGGGCUACCCUCCUGCUCAGUAUCCACCAUCUCCAUAUCCUUAUGCUCGUGCGCCUGCACCGGGAGCUCCGCCGCCUGGGGCCCCACAGCCUUAUCCUGGUUAUGGUUUCCAACCCCCAAACCAACAGUAGGCAACUGCAUAUUAUUAGAGCAUCCCUAACAUUAAUUAAUUCAGUGUAAAUUAGUUUUAAUUAAUAUCUGAGAAGCUGGGGAACAAAGUAAGACUUGUCACAAUACCUAAAAUUUACGGGAGAGGAAGUAGGAAGCAUCAUUAA